UUAGAAAUGAUUUAUAGAUCCUAUUUCUUGUUGAUGUUUGGGGUGAUGAUUCGAGUCCAAUGGAGUUAUUAUCUUGUAAAUAGUUGAAAAGGAUGUGAUUUAGGAUAUAUCAUUCAUUAACAAUGUUCAGUAAUAGAGGUAAGGAAUCAGAAGAGGAAAUAUUCCACUGAGGAAACAUAAGGAAUCUUCUUCAGUCUCCUGUCAAAACUUGGUUGGCAUGCAUUUCAAACCCCAAUUCAAUGGACGAGAUAGAUUGAGGACUUUGUCUCUUGACAAAUCAAUUCUGAUAAUGAAAGGAGCAUUAAUCAUCACUGUUGCAUUAAAACAAGAAUUGAGGUGUGUCGAGAUGGAUUCAGCAGCAGGUGGGAUCGCCAGGACCAAGUCAGACCAACUGGAGAUGGCACCACCACGGCCACCGACUCUGAGCCCCACUCCAUCAGCUGAAUCCAUGCCGGUCGCAGACGCUAAUGGCGGUCCGAGCUUGUCGAGGAAGUCGAGCCUGGGGAAGAAGCUGGUGGGAUCUUCGCCAGCCACGAAAGCAGGACACCACCUGAGAAGCACGCGAAGUGGACACAUGAAGGUGGACUGCGAAGACGGUGGCAGUGGUGGAAGCUUGAGCCGAGCCUCCAGUGCGAGUCUGGGCUUCUCCUUCUCCUUCACUGGCUUCACUGCUCUCCCUGAAGACAUUGUUUCUGACAUCACUGCUCUCACUGGCGGUGACAAAGGAAUUGAUCUCGAGCCUGGAAGAUCUCGAAAAAGGCUGAUGUCAGAGACAACUUAUCCCAUAUAUGUGAAGUUUACAGAGGUCAGAUACAAGGUAAUCCUCAGAGGAAUUACGAGAACCAACGAGAAAGAUAUCCUCCAAGGCAUCACAGGUUCAGCCAAACCGGGAGAACUCUUGGCCUUGAUGGGUCCUUCCGGCAGUGGGAAGACCACGCUCCUCAGCCUCCUCUCCGGAAGAACAGCCGACAACGUCGUUCAAGGAUCCAUCACUUACAACGAUGAGCCGUACGCCAAGUCGCUAAAGAGCAGGAUCGGGUUCGUGACUCAGGAUGAUGUUCUAUUCGCUCAUCUCACCGUAAGAGAAACGUUGACGUAUGCGGCUCUCCUUCGACUUCCGAGGACAAUGACCAGAAAGCAGAAGGAAGAGAGGGCCAUGAAUGUGAUCUACGAGCUCGGGCUCGAGAGGUGCCAAGAUACCAUCAUUGGAGGAUCCUUCGUAAGAGGAGUUUCAGGUGGAGAGAGGAAGAGGGUGUGCAUCGGAAAUGAGAUCAUAAUGAAUCCAUCUUUGCUGUUUCUUGAUGAACCUACAUCUGGUCUGGAUUCGACAACAGCCCUAAGAACAAUCCAAGUGUUGAAUGACAUAGCUGAGUCUGGCAAAACAGUGGUGACUACAAUUCAUCAACCAUCAAGCAGACUCUUCCAUAGAUUUGACAAGCUGAUUCUACUUGGAAGGGGAAGUUUGCUGUUCUUCGGAAGAGCAUCCAAAGCCAUGGCUUACUUUGCAUCUAUCGGAUGUGUUCCCCUCAUUGCAAUGAACCCAGCAGAGUUCCUGCUAGAUCUUGCAAAUGGCAACAUAAAUGAUGUCACUCUGCCAUCAGAAUUGGAGGAGAAAGUGCAGUCAAGAAAUUUGGGAGGCAGCACAAGAAAUGCCAAGCCGUCGCCGGAAGAUGUGCAUGAGUACCUGGUGGAGACUUACGAGACUCGAGUUGCAGACAAGCAGAAGAAGAAGCUUCUUGCGCCGCUUCCUAUAAGCGAAGAUAUGAAGAUUACAUUGUCAUCAACAAAAAGAGAUUGGGGAGCAAGCUGGUGGCAGCAGUACUCCAUUCUUUUCUGGAGAGGACUGAAAGAAAGAAGGCAUGAUUACUUGAGCUGGAUGAGGAUCACUCAAGUUCUUGCAAUUGCAGUGAUCCUUGGUUUGCUCUGGUGGCACUCAAACAUUGCGACUCAAAUAGGUCAAGAAGAUCAGGCUGGUUUGCUGUUCUUCAUUUCUGUCUUCUGGGGAUUCUUCCCGGUCUUCACAGCGAUCUUCACAUUCCCUCAAGAAAGAGCAAUGCUGAACAAGGAAAGAGCAGUCGACAUGUACAGGCUCAGCGCAUACUUCAUCGCCAGGACGACAAGCGAUCUGCCAUUAGACCUCCUCCUACCCAUCAUAUUUCUGCUAAUUGUCUAUUUCAUGGCAGGUCUGAGGCUCAGUAUCGAACACUUCUUUCUCAGUAUGCUUGUUGUCUUCCUCAGCAUUGUUGCUGCUCAGGGGCUGGGGUUAGCUAUCGGUGCCUCAUUCAUGAACAUCAAGCAGGCAACCACUCUAGCUUCAGUGACAGUGAUGACCUUCAUGCUGGCUGGAGGAUUCUUUGUGAAGAGAGUUCCUGCAUUCAUUUCAUGGCUUCGCUUCAUCUCCUUCAACUACCACUCUUACAGACUCCUCCUGAAGGUGCAGUAUGACCAUGUCCCCCCGCAUCUGAAUGUCAACCAUCUCGACAAUGGAGUCAUGGAAGUCGCUGCCAUGAUCGCCAUGGUGUUUGCUUACCGAUUCUUAGCAUAUGUUUCCUUGAGGCGAAUGAAGCUGUCGAGUUGAACUCAAGCUAAUCUCGACUGUACUAAUCCAACCCUUAGAAGAUUACUAGAAACCACUCAGUCCCAUGAGAAAGAUAUAUAUAUAUAUAUAUAUAGACUGAGUUUAGGGUUAAUGUUAGACAUGAAGUGGGCAUUAAUUCCUUAAUGGAGUCAAACUAGUUUGAGCAGCUCA